UGAGGAAAGAAGUCCUUUGAUUUUCAGUGGCUAUGUUGGAAUGGGAAAAUCAUUCCUUUGUGACCAGAUUAUCAAAAAUAUUGACAAUGAAGAAUUCUAUACACUAAAAGUGAGCGGCACAAAACAGUUGAAUAAGAACAUUUUGAUGAAGGCCGUCCACGAUUUGCUACAGCCAAGAUCUAAAAAUAUUCUUUCACACAGAAAAGCAAAAAGGUUGGUGCUGUAUAUUCAGGACUUGAACCUGGCUGAGAAAAAUGAAUUCGGGAAUCAAUCAACAGUGGAAAUAAUUCGGCAAUGGCUCAAUCACAGGUUUUGGAUUAACGAAGAGCUCCAACCGACAAUAAUAGAAGACAUUAGUCUUGUUAUUUCAAUGAGUCACAGAGGAAUAGACAUGCAAUUGGACGAGCGAACGAAAGGCCACUUUGCGAUUAUAAACGUUCCCGAGCCAAAAACAGACGAGCUGGUUCACGUUUUCACUUCAAUAAUUAGUCAACAUCUAUUAGGUUUCAGUGAACACAUCAAAUGCUUAGGGAAGCAACUUGUGGAAUCGUCAGUAAAACUGCACAAAUCUCUGAGGAAAAACGUCACUGCAAAUUUAGACAACCCGCAGUGCGUGUUUAGCCUGAAAUCUUUGUCUCAGGUUAUGCAAGGGUUGAAUCUCAGUAACAAAAAUCAGCAAUACACGCUGAUAAAAAUGUGUCGUUUGUGGCUCAAUGAAGUUCUCCUUGCAUACGGUGCUAGGAUGACAGAAAAAAGGCUUAAAGAUGCAGUUCUAGAAGACGCCUUAUUUCAUUUGAAAAAUUCGACGAAUUUGACUUACGAAGAUUUGUAUCCUGAGAAGGUUAUGCCCCUCAUCGGAAUGUACAGUGACGCUGAGGACGAGAUUGGUGCCCAGAUUGAGUUCACCUUAGAAAGCGCCACAGCGCGAUUGGACGAUUUGCUCGAUAAACAAAUCUGUUCUGCAAGCGGCGUGCAGAAAGUGGACCUCGUAAUUCUGCAUGACACGGUUCACCACAUUACCAAUCUGGUUAGGCUUUUUUCUCAACAAUCCAACCACAACGUGCUUUUACUUGGCGAAGCUGGAAGUGGUCGAAAAACUAUUGUCAAGUUUGCUGCUCAAAUUUGCGGCUUGACGUUUGAACAGCCGGAUUUAAGGGACAUUGAAGUUUGUGAUUCUGGAGUGCACAAAACAUUUUGGAAAUCAAUCGUCCAGAGAGUUGCUAUUAAGAAGGAAAAAAUCGUCAUUUGUAUUGAUAGCGAGAAUGUUUUGAAUCCUAGAAUUUUUGACUUCCUAUAUGGACUAUCUGAAAAUGGGAUUGUCUCAAACCUUUUCACAUAUGAAGAGCUUGAUCAGUUGAGCUCUGAAGUGCCGGGAAGUUUUAAAAGCGACGUUGGAAAAUUCCUGGCGCAAGAAAUGCUUCGAAAUUUGAGACUCGCCGUGAAUGUUUCUACCGACAAAGAUUAUCUUAGGUAA